GGCAGACAAAUGGGCUCCCGACAUCUGAUGGGGUUUGCCCCUGUGCUUAUCUGUUUCUUCAGGAAAAAUUGGAGGCCCAUUUGAAGACUCUGAGGGAAGAGAGAGAAAAGGUGCUGGGAAGGAAAACAACAGCAGAAGGGACACGCCAGGAGUAUCUGAAAUGGACCCAAGCCGAGAGGCAGAUGAUUGUGGCCGAGUUUCAGCAGCUGCGGCAGUUCCUGGAGGAACAAGAGCGACUCCUGCUGGCCCAGCUGAAGAAGCUGGAUGAGGAGAUUGGGAGGUUCCAGACUGACACUGUCGGGAAACUCUCUGUGCAGAUUUCCCGUAUCAGCGAGCGGAUCAGUGAGCUGGAAGGGAAGUGUCAGAAGCCAGUGAAUAUAUUCCUGCAGGACGUCAGAAGCACCCUGAGUAGAUGUGAGACGGGGCAGUUCCAGUUGCCAGAGGAGAUUUCCCCUGAACUGGAAGAACAAGUCAGAGGUUUCUCCCAGAAAACGAUUGCUCUAUCGGAGACUCUGAGGGAGUUCAAAGACACUCUGCCCUCUGCGCUGGAGAGAGCAAGAGGAAAAUCCCUGGGAGCUUUCAGACAGGGCUGCAGAACACCCAUGUCUGACUCCAGCUCAGCCCCUGACCUGCAGAGCCAGGGACAGGAAAUGGCCGUGGCGGAGCCGGUGAGCUUCGAGGACGUGGCUGUGUAUUUCUCUGAGGAGGAAUGGGCUCUGCUGGAUCCGGGCCAGAGAGCCCUCUACAGGGGUGUGAUGCAGGAGAAUUAUGAGGCUGUGAACUGGCUGAGUAAGGAUUCCUGUCCCCUUGGGUAACAGCAGCUGGGUGGGCUCUGGAGCAUCUGGAUUAGGUUUGAUUCAGGGUUAUUCAUUGCCUCUGCCUCCAAUGUCAGGACUAUCUGCCAUAAUAAUCCUGGCUCUUGUGUGAAAGACUGUCCCCUCCGUGCCCCCUCCCAGGUUCAGGUCUCAUUCCGCUUCCCCCCUAUCUUGCCCAUCUUGUGCCUUGACCAGAGGUGUGAGUGGAAGGGCUCAGGCAGGAACAUCAGGUACCAGAGGUCUGGGUCUGGCUGCUGUUAGUGGCUGCAGGAUCCCCAUGUGGCAGUGUGCUUAGCCACUGGAAGGUGGGCGCGGUUCCCAGAGUCCUUCCCUGCCUGUAGCUAAUCUGUGACAUGCUGGUACUUGUCAGUGAGAGGGGCUGGAGGCUGGGGCUGAGGGAGGGUGGAUAAGGCAGUUCACGCUUUUGUGAGUAUUUUGUCUGAGGUAGCUCUGUAGUAGACAAACAUGAGCAGAGCUCCCCUUGCAUUUCAGGCACAGGUUGGGUCUCCUUUCAAAAGUUCAGCUUCCUUCUCUCUGGGGCUCACUUGCCUCUCUGUGCAGUGGAGAUAAAUCAUGUCACCUGUCUUGUCUUUUUAUAUAUGCGGGUAGGAACUUUUUCUUCCUGUGUGAAUGUCUGGCUUCAUGCUCAGGAGACCUGUGUUCAGUCCUCUGCCUGUCACAGUCCCCCUGUGUGACCUUGAUCCCUCUUAGACUCUCUGUGUGGUCAUUUCUCUCUUUACUAGCUUUUAUAGUGUGUCCCUGUUUCUCAGGGCUGGGAAGGAUACCUACACUAAAGAGGGGUGAUGCUUAGCUCCAUAUGAGCACUGCAAUAGCACAGUGGGGUCCUGAUUUACACCAGAGUUCCCAGGUGCUGCUGUGAUUGAUAAUUUUGCUUCCCACAGUGACUGCAGUGCCAUAUGAAUUGCUGCUAGUGCCACAGAGAGUUGAUACGGCUGUUCAGGGCGGAUCUUUCUGGAGCCUUGAUGCCAGCGGCACUGGCAGGGCAUGCAGCUUAUCCAUGCAGCACGGCAUAGGGUUGCUGCUAAGAAAGACCCAGGCUCCAUUCAGAGGCUAAGGCACUCAGCCAGGUUUAUUGUGAAAGGAGCAGGGUGCUAGUGUCCCAGCUCCUCAGACACAGGUAUAGUGAGACUUGUCCCAACCCAAUAAUGGUACCAGCUCAGUCAGCAGCUAGAACACUGCCCCUCAGCCAGUAUCAACAUGCCCUUCCUGUGACUUCUCCUCUCAUAUUGACCAAAAUAAAAUACAUGUUGCGUUCCAUGUGUUGCUACCCCACUUGGCCUUCUGCCUCUUUGUUUGAACAAAACAUCCAUAUCCAUUAUCCCCUCAUCCCGCUCUUGUGCACAAGGGUCAGUGAGCUAUCUGUUAGGACUGUGUGUUUGCAGUUCCUGCAGAGAGCGGUGAGUUGAUUGCCCUCCUCCUGCUCAGGAAUGUGAUUUCUUGGUUAGUUGAUAGCAGUGCUCCACCAUUCUGCCAAAGCCUGGCUUGUUUUAGUUCAAAAAUAAUGGACAUAAACAAGAUAAUCCUAGUAAUCAGAUCAGAAUUUUCCCAUUGACUCGGCACACAGCACAUUCGCACAAGGUUUCUUGCGAUUGUGUAACAGUGGUAGCACAAUGAUCUCCAUGGUCACAUCACAGGUGGCUCUUCUGAACACUAAAUGCAGGCCCAAGAAGGGGUGGAGGCAAAGCUGAGGGGAAAGCGCUCACAAGGUGCAAAUGUGGUCGAUUCUGUGCCUCCCUGGAGC